AUGCACAUUCUGCUUAUUCGCCAUGGCGAAUCCGUCGAUAAUGUAGCUGGUCUCUAUGCAGGCUCCCGCGAUUCACCUUUGACCAAUCAUGGAGUCCUCCAGACAAAAAGAUUAGGUGCAUACCUCGCGAAGCGUCAUACUGUUAUUGGCCCAGUCAAGCACAUAUUUACGUCGAACCUUCAAAGGGCUUACCAGACAGCCGAGGCCGUCGCCGAAGCUCAAGGUUCCUUGAAGGGUGAUUCCUCGGCAUCCCAAGUUUCUUUGGAAGUAUGUCGGUUGCCUGAGCUACGCGAGAAAGACUACGGGUCAUCAGAGGGCAAGAAAUAUGGCGUCAAAGUUGAUGGCAAAGUUGACAAGCCAGAUCCGUCAGACUUGGAAACUCAUGAUUCCAUGAGGAUCAGAGUUGACCAUUUUCUGGACUUACAUUUGAUUCCAGUCAUUGAUAAACAUGUAUCUGAUAACGCGGCCGUUGCAGUAGUGGCACAUGGUAUUAUUCUCGGUGUCCUAUUUAAAGCAUUGCUUGAACGGUUCCCUUCGAGGUCUACCAUUGCCACAGAAUCCGUUGCUUGGAGCAAUACUGGCGUUUUUCAAGCCAAACUGGAACUACGGGAAUCCGUGCCACUCACAGACCCACCAGUGUCUAAAGACGGCGUUAUUCCUCAUAUUGAUCGAGCCCUAGGUCUUAAAGUCGAGCUGAUCAAUAAUAUUGAACAUCUCGAAGGUCUGAAGAAGACUAGAGGUGGCAUUGGCAGUGCGAAGUUUGAUUCGCGACAGCGUACUAUGGACUCGUUUUUUACCCCUACUUCUAAGAAGCGGAAGGUUGAGGAGACGAGGAAUCCAUAGCUUUUGACAAGUUUCAAACUACAAUCUCAAUGCUACUCGGAUUUUUCUAAAAAUCCGUAGCUAUGGUACGUUUCCAAUUAUUUCCUUGUUCCAACCCUUUUUUUAUAUGAUGAGAGAGCAUAUCUCACAGACCUGUUCCGAAUUAAAUGUGGACAAAAAUUAUGUCCAACCGCUAUCUGAUAAUUAUCCAACUCAAAUUCUGUUGCCUACCCUUUUUAGGAACCGCUGCUAAUUCAACAUGUUCCAUUUAGGUGUCCAUCCAUGCGUUCUUAGAAAUGUCGAUUCUAUAUCAGGCUCCUCUUCUACCCGAUGUAUCACUAGCACUGAUGCUAUGAUCGUAACCAUCUCUGGUUUCAUUUGACUUGGCAAUUUACCUACUCAAGCAGUUACUAGCGUUCAUCUGCCUCCGAAGGUAGCUCAUUCGGGAACCAGCC